CAGAAAUAAUGGAAAAAGUAUGUUUACCACAUAGUUACCCAAUCAUAACGGCAGAAUCCUGGGAUCAUUAGAUUUGUUGAGAUGUGCAGUAGCAAUCACAUCGCUUCAGAUUUCAGAAAACAGGUCAUGUGCAGUUUUCUGAAAAUAGACCUGUGUUACGUGCGUAUUGUUACUGACUGUCGAACACAACUAUACACUUUAAUACUUGAUACUUACUAAUAACUUUGCGGAUCUGUGUAUUCCUAAAUAUAUAAUCUGCAUUUUCUGACACAAAGGAUGCUAUAUGGUUAUAUUAGCUCAAUAGUUUUAGCGGCCAAAUCCAUAUCAUUGGAAGUGAACGAUGGGCGUGCGGGGUUUGUUUACACUGAUAGACGACAACAAGGGCGUCCUCCUUACUGAUUUAAAACUUCACGACACUCGACUCAUCAUUGAUGGCUCAAAUCUGUAUCACUUCUUAUAUAACUUCUAUCAUGUGCCAGAAGAGUAUGGUGGGAACUAUGACAACUAUGCGAACAAGUGUAAAACCUUCUUCACCACACUCCGGGCGUGUAAGGUGGAGCCGUACGUUGUCCUGGACGGUGGUUAUGAUCCAGAUAACCGGAAAUGGAACACUGUGGUUCAACGUAAGACGUCCAGAAGAGAGCGCGCUGGUCUGAUAUGUGAGAAGGGCCCUGAAGCAACCGAGGAACAUGUCCUUCCGAUUCUAUGUGAAGAAACAUUCCGCCAUGUCCUGCGUGAGCUUCAGAUACCACACGUUACGUGUCCAUAUGAGGCCGACAGAGAAAUAGCAGUGUUGGCCAAUAAGUGGGACUGCCCAGUUCUUAGUAAUGAUAGCGAUUUCUUUAUUUUCCAGCUGAAAAGAGGUGUUAUACCAAUCCAACAUGGAGGUACAUAUUAUAUCGACAAGAAAUUGCGGCUACAUAACACAAAGACGGGGCAAUCUACCUUACUUGAACCGGAGACCAUCCCAACCGACCAGGAAUAUGUAUAUAUCUCUGUUAAGCUUUACAACUACAGUAGUUUAAUAGAGAGGAUCCAUGGUACUCGGGAGUUCUUACCAUUUUUUGCUACAUUUAGUGGUAAUGACUAUGUAGAUAAAAGCAAUUUGAAGGAUUUCUACACAGCGAUAUGCAGGCAGUAUAAAGAUAAACCUCUUAACCUGCGGGCCAAGGCUCGAAUGACGUCAGUUGUACAUUGGUCAAUGGGCAUAAACUUGGAAGAAGACGCUGUUAAGUACGUUUUGGAACAUGUUGCAGACCUUCUUCCUGGUCAGAAAUCGGAACUACGAGGUGCCAUUCGGUACUCUAUAGAUAGUUACACAAACAUCGCAGAAUUCGCUACCAUGGAUGUGGCCAAAUUCUUCGUUUCAAACACAAGUGACCUAUCGAUUCUCGAUCUUGGAAGACAGAUUGAUUACGUCACUAAGCAUCCAUUGCCAGCUUGGUGUUCACAGAUGUUACGAACCUGCGAAAUGGCGACUUUUCUGCAGAAUGUAGCUGUGAACCACAGAGUGAUUUUCGAUUGCCAGAUUGAACACUUGGCUGAGCCUUCAACGUAUGUUUGCUCAAGAUACAUCAGAAGUGUCCUGUAUGGCUUAACAACGGCAUUCAUCAGGCCAAAAUCUAAAGACCCUAGAGUCCAGACGAACACUGUAGUAGAUUUAAAAGGCACAAGGAAAAGUUGCAUUGAAGAAAGCGACAGACAGAAAGGCGAUAGGAUGAAGGUCUACAUUAAGCCUACGACGGAGGUUUUGUACGGAUCUCAAUCGUUGAAAGUGCCAUCGUUACAAAAUGUCCCAGAUAUAUCCGUAGAGGAGAGGCAAAACAUCAUGUUUGGCACUUUAGGACUGAAUGCUGAAAUUACCGAAUCUUUAUCUGCUGAUCCGUGUACCACGUUCCUUAUAGGUGUACUACGCGUUUGGUGGACAAAUGCAGAACCGAAGGUUACAGAAAAUCAUUUGAGUGCCGCUAUUAUUGGUAUGAUUUUAUUGCACGCCCACUCCUUUAAGGUAGUUAAAAGAAGCCCCGAGGCUAGUGAAACAAGCAAACAGCCAUGUUUGGUCCCAAGCAUCGUGGAAGCAAUUGAAGCUCAAGGUAACACUCGGGUAAAUCAGUUUGCUUGUAGAAUGGCUAUUCUUCGAAACACACCCACCGAUCAAGCAACAUGGGGCACCACAGAAACAAAGGCAAUUCACGGCUUCUCACAGUUACAGACCUGCUACCUGAGCGCUUUGUACCUGAAUCAGGCCCUGAUGUCUCCAGUUGACCUCCCCAGCCCUGGCGUUCUCUUCAAUUGUACGCUCAUGUACAACGUUUGCAAGAGUCUUAACACAUCGGCAAUCACUGGUUGUUCUGACAUGUUCCAUUUGGAAUCACCGCUGCAUGCUUUGUUUACGUUGUGGAAAACUGCUGUCAAAUCAAUCGUGCCUGAAGUACCUAAAGACGGUGCUGCCCGGGGCCAUAAGGCGGCUGACAAGAAAGUAAACAUCAAGAGAUCUAAACACGGAAAAUAAUCAAGUGUACCCUGUGAGUACCAGCGUAUAGUCUUUUGCAAACACUCUACCAUCGACUCAAAGAACGGCCAUGAUAGGAGUUAUACACUGGCGAAAAAUCUCCUUGGACAAUUAAAAGAAAACCUAAUGCUAGGAAUUUAAAUGAGUUAAAAAAACAACAACAGUUUUUAAAGUGGUUCGUUUUCGAAUAGUUAUAAUCAGGCUGUGUUUUGGGCUUUUCCCCUGUGCCAUUGAACGGCGUUAAUAUGUUAAAUGCUUUCGACUACCUGUUUCUAUAGUUUGUCAUAUAAAUAUUGCAUGUUUUUCAAAUGUUUGUGACUUGAUAUGAUUCAUUUAUUGAUUUAUUGCUGUCACUUGUAUAACAAGAUCUGAAUUACAUUGAUCUUAUCAUGCCGCUUGACAACUGUAAUACUAUUGUUUUUGUAUUUCACGAAAUGUAGGAAAAUGCUUUAAAACUUCAUCACAAAAAUGCAAAGUUUUUUUCAGUAUUAUAUCUGGUAGAAUAAGUAACAAACAACUUAUACAUGCAUAUUACAAUUAAAUGCGAUACGUAUAGUUAUAUUUCACUGAUUAAAGGACAGAAUGUUUUUAACUGCAUGCGAUUUUGAAAAUGCCUUGGUUAAGAAUGGACAUUAUCCAUAUAUUCAGUGAAAUUUAAUAAAAAAAGGUUUAUGUUUGUGUUUAUAUAUUUUAUAGACGAUUUACUCUUUAGAUAUGUUGUAUAUACUGCUGCUGAGAGAACAGGGUGAAAAAAUAAACAGAAACUGUGCAAAGAAU